CGUAAAAGUCCCAGUUCCAAUUCAAACCCAUUCCCAAGAAAUCCGUACCCAAAACGUGCAACCAGCUUAUGGUUCCGGAAUUGCCACCCAAGUAUCUGGAUCUCAAGGUUUUGCCGCCCAUGGUGCUCAACAAGGUUUCUCCGCCCAAGGACCUCAAACUUUUGGUAACAGCGGUGCUUCCUAUGUCUCUUCAAAUAUUGGAUCUGUUCAAGGAGAUUUCAACAUUGGUUCCCAAGGAGAUUACAACUUUGGUUCCCAGGGAGAUUUCAACAUUGGCUCCCAAGGUGAUUUCAAUACUGGCUCCCAGGGUGAUUUCAACACUGGCUCCCAAGGUGAUUUCAAUAUUGAUACCAGUGAUUCAUACGGUUCUUCUGGAUUCUCAUCCACUGGAUUCUCCGGAUCAAGCAAUGGCCUAA